AUCUAGGACCCUGCUGCCGUCUUGUACAAUUUGUAACCGUUGAACCAGCUACUAACGACUUUUUGAAAUAUCAAACGGACCCUUUAAAAACGGUAGCGGGAGAAAAGGAAGAGAAGGGGUCCCACAUCGCAGUGAUUAACAAAAAUUAAUUUGGAUUAAGAUUUUAGAUUAUUAGUCUAUUGAGAUUUGAGACAGCGAUCGAAAGUUCUGGGAAGCUCGAAUCGCCGGGAGAGAAGAAUAUGUCCGAAGCUUCUGCUUACGCUGCUGUUUUAUAAAGAAGGCAAAUAACAAAGAUUCAAUUUUUGAUUAAAAGAAGGUGGACUUGUUUUAUGCUUGUUCCUUAACAGAAAAGCGCGGAUAGAGAAUUUCUCCGUUUCCGGCUUCUGUCUUAAUUCGUUGUUCUGCAGAAACAAGUUGCAUUGACUUUCUCAACUGGGUUUGGCUCCGAGGAUCAAGUUUUCGCCCCUUGCGCAGCAAUCAGUCAGAUUUUUGCCAUAGAACUGAGAUGGCGGAGGGUAGUGUGCCUUGUGGGAUGCCUGAAACUGAUAUUACAACGCUAACCGAAGCGCUUAGAGCACAGCAGCAACUGCUGCAAAAGCUUUACUAUGAUCUGGAUCAGGAAAGAGAAGCAUCAUCUACUGCAGCUGAUGAAGCUCUAUCCAUGAUAUUGCGUUUGCAAGGAGAAAAGUCCGCUAUGAAGAUGGAAGCGAGUCAAUACAAGAGAUUGGCGGAGGAAAAGAUUUGUCAUUCCGAGGAAGCUCUUGCCAUUUUCGAAGAUCUCAUUUAUCAGAAAGAAAUGGAAAUUGCUUCGCUUGAGUUCCAACUUCAGGCUUAUAGGCACAAGCUUUUAAGCAUGGGCUGCAGCACGGAGUUAGGCGCUGGUGAAAACGUAUAUCCGGAGAAUCUGUUGUUUCAAAGGAAUGAUUUUGGAAGUGGGGAAGCAGGUGUUAAUGGGACGAUUAGAAGAAUCAACUCUCGAUGCGAUUUUGGCAGUGGGGAAACAGGUGUUAGCGGGGCUAUUAGAAGAAUCAACUCUCUACCUCCAAUUGAGCUCAAGGAAUUGCUCAAACAGAAAAGCACUAUGGAAAGAGAAAGAGAUAAAGAAAGAGAACGAGAUAGAGACAGACCAAUGAUCCCCAAACCCGAACCUGCUACAAAAAUACAGGAGAAGAAGGUGGAGCAGGAAGUCAAUGUCCAGAGCCUAGAUGUAGAGAAGAAAUUUCCAAAUGAUGCAGGCGGGAACAUGAAUACAAUAUGGGAGCAGAUUAAGAAGUUAGAUGCGCGAGUGAAAGAGAUAUCCGAUUAUAAAGAUUAUGGUAGGGGAAAAUCUGUACUCUUGAAGGGUCCUCCAUCUAGGACUUGUUCAUUGCCUCCAAUUCCGAAGAUAUGCAUAAGCCCAAAAAAUGAACUCGACAGUGAAGAAAUUAUUGCUAGUUUGGAUCAACUUAAGCAGAGUGAGAAUCUACAGGGAAGGGAGCUGACUGUUAGCCCUUCGUGCUCCUCAAGCGUCUAUGAUGUCUUCGAAGUCCCACAAAGUUAUGAAAACAGUAAAGCUGGUGAAGGAGAGAAGAAAGAACGUAGUGCAUUGACUGUGAAACUUGACAAGAGGCUUGGUAAGCCGGAUUUGGUCAUGGGUGAGACGACAGAAGCAUAUGUUAGAGAUGAAACGGAUAGGGUAAAGAAAAUGUUGCAUACCAAGAAGCAGGAGAACAAAAUACCUAAACCAAGAGAUGUGAUAAGUAGUGCUGACUCGAAUGUGAGGGAGAAAGCGGUGAGUGGUGGGGUUACUGAAUCUCAGCAAGCGAAAUUUCAACAGUUGUGGAGGAGAAUAGAGCGGCUCGAGGGAGAAAGGAAUAAUAUAAGGCAAGAAAUUAGUCAUGCGGGAGAAGAGGAGUUGAAGCUGUUCCAGGAGAUACACGAGCAUCUUAAUUUAAUACAGUCCGAAAUGCGUAGUUGGAAGCCUAAGAAACCCCGUCCCCAGGAUGAUGAGCCCUUGCACAAUGUUAUGGAGGCAAUGCUGCACUUUUGGCUUUGAUCAAGAUCCAGCGAUGCUGAUGAACUUCAUGCAUCAUCGGUUUUGAACGUGCUAUGCAAAAAAAAUUCUGUAAAGAGUAUCCUGACUUUUUCUUCUCCAGUGGUUGGUGUGAACAGAUUGAAUUGAUUUUGGCAGCUCCUAAUACAUAUAACAUACACAAUGUAAAUUUUUGAAUCUGUAUAUUAAUCUUACCAA